AUGGAACAUGCAAACGGAGUUUCGGAACGAAAUGCCAACGAUACAAAUGAAAUAAUUUUGAAAAACAGUGAUGUGUCAACAAACGAAAACAAUAGAUAUGCAAGGGUGACAGCAAAAUUUAGGAAGUCUAGAAGUUAUCUCGAGCUCAGAAAAAUGAGUUCUGUGCAGAGUCUGUCGACUGUGAACGAGAGAAGAGUGCUAGUUAUUUACACUGGGGGCACGAUUGGUAUGAUGAAGAAUACGAAGGGUGGGCGAAAGGGGGGAGAAACUGGAGGUUUUGCGUAUCGGGCAAGGAUGCAUCGACUUUUUGCUGAGCUGGAGCCAUCUGUAACCGUCACCGAGCAAAACCUGGCAGACCGAGUUCGGUAUAUCUUGCGCUCAAAUACAUUUGAUGUCACCGAACUCGAACGGCUACGACGUGAGGCUGUUCCUUCAUCGGGUGAAAAUGCUGCGGCUGAGGAUGCGGCGCCACAACUUGCUGAGCAAACGGCAAAUGUGGAUGCCGCCGUGAAUACGCCAGUUGUGGUUGAUUCAAACGAUGAUGGAACAGUCGCCCUGGAACUAGAGCAAAUGAGGAGUACAUUGGAAGAGGCGAUUGUGGAAACGCGCAGUACGACUCUCGAAAAUCGACCGCGACUUCCCCGCUUAGCCCUAAGCAAGCGGAAUCGGGCUGUCGUGAGGGCUCUGAACCCAAUGCUGGUUACCUAUUUGGAAGCCAGCCGGGACCUUUGCGAUACGGACUCAAUUCUUUUUGGCGCCGCACUGGCAGUCUGCCGUAUUAUAGGUGCCAAACUUUCCACGGCUGGACGCGCUCCUGGACAAAGUAGUGCUAUCCCAGCCUGGAGAAUAAGAAUUGAAGAACGUAUCGCAAAGGCUAGGGCCCUCAUCGGCAGACUGAUAUGCUUCAGGUCAGACAAUACCAGGCCAAGGAUUGUGCGCACCGUCAGGAUGGCGUUUGCUGGGACAAAUGUUAGUUUGUCCCAGCCGGAUAUAAUGCAAAAACUGACGGAGCGCAUAGACGACCUGAAGCAAAGAAUAGCUGCUUGGGGAAAGCGGAUUCGGCGAUAUACCGAGAGGUCGACACGGUUCAACCAGAAUCGUCUCUUCCAGAGUGAUCAGAAGAGGCUCUAUAAAUCAUUGGAGCGACCAAUAGUAAGUGGAACGGGCCCUGCACCAAAUCAGGCCGACAUGGUCGCAUUCUGGCGCAGCCUGUGGUCAGAGCCCGUAAACCACAACGAGGGCCCUUGGACGGAAGUUGUGGCGAGUCAGUGUGCGAGUAUUACGCCCAUGGACCCCGUCAUCAUAACGCCGGAUGACGUAGCUGAGGCGGUCCGUAGGGCCCCGAACUGGAAAAGUCCGGGGCUUGACGGGCUGCAUCACUACUGGCUGAAGGGGUUCAUGGUGUGUCACUCUGUGCUCGCCCGACAGUUUCAAGAGGCUCUCAACCAGAAGUCGCUCCCAAGCCUCUUCACUACUGGGAUCACUCAUUUGGUUCCUAAAGAUCAGGGUGCCACAGACCCGAGCAAAUACCGCCCCAUCACGUUACUUGUUCCACAAAAAGGUGCGUUCGAAAACCUGAUACGUACGUACCCACAACUACAUGAUAAUGCGUUGUGGAAGCAGAGAUUAAGCGAAAGCGGCAGUGAUACCUCGUUUUUGGUGUUACCAGACGCUAAGGAUUUGGAUUUGAGAGUUAUGUAUAAAAUAAUAGAGUAUGAAAAUCUACUGGACUCCUCAAAUAUGACUGAGGUGGAAUGGAUUAAAAUCGCAGAGGAUAUAAUGAAAUACUAUGAGGAUUACGAUGGAUUCGUCGUGUUACAAGGAACGGAUACAUUGUCCUACACGGCCUCGGCUCUCUCCUUCAUGUUCGAGAACAUUGGCAAAUGCGUUGUACUGACUGGCUCACAGAUACCGAUUUUUGAAACGCGCAGCGACGGUGCGGACAACUUCGUGUCCUCCUUAAUGAUUGCAGGGAGCUUAAACAUCCCAGAGGUGACAAUUUUCUUCGGGAGCAAGCUCUUUAGGGGUAACAGGACGCGAAAGAUCUCUGUGAAUAACUUCUACGCUUUCGACUCGCCGAACUGCGUGCCGCUUGUCGAAGUUGGCACCGACUUCGAAGUGAACAAGAAGGCAAUUUUCAAACCGACGGUAAUCCAGAAAUUUCAGCUGCACGCCAAGAUGUCAAAAAACGUGGGCCUGUUGAGAAUAUUUCCCAGCAUCAGUGCGUCGGUUAUAAGGGCGUUCUGUCAGCCUCCAAUUGAAGGCUUAGUGUUGGAGAGUUACGGCGCUGGUAACAUCCCGUCUAACAGGCCUGACGUGUUCGACGAAAUAGCGGCGGCGGUGCGUCGUGGGGUCAUCGUGGUCAACAUCACGCAGUGCAGCACCGGCGCCGUCGCCUCCCCGCUCUACGAGACCGGCCGGUUGAUAGCGGAAUGCGGUGUAGUGUCUGGCUUCGAUAUGACCCCAGAAGCGGCUCUUACGAAACUCUCGUAUGUUUUAUCAAAGACUGAACUAACGUACGAACAGAAGACAGAAAUGAUGUCAACAAACAUAAGAGGAGAAUUGACAAACACGUCUACUAUAGCUAUAGAGGACAACACUUUAAUAGACGCCAUAGCGACCAGCCUCAAUAUCCAGUCCCCGAAGAAUUUGGUGGAGGUAACUGAAAAGGUCUUCAGUGCUCUACUUCUGUAUGCGAUAGAACACGAUGAUUUCCGUGGCGUUAAGAAGAUGUUGGAUAUGGGAGCGAACGUCAACGCGCAAGACUCCGAGGGCAAAACAGCCCUCCACGAUGCCAUUAUAAAGGGCAACACUACUAUCAUAGAGUAUCUGUUGAAAAAUGGCGCCAGUGUCCACUUGAAGACGAGAAGUGGCGAGUCACCACUCCUCACGGCGGUGAAACAGGAUGACGACGCGGUCAUAAAACUUUUGCUACAAUGCGGGUCGCAUUUAGCGAGCACGGACUCUAAAUUUGUGACCGCAAUGAUGUCGGUGGCGGCUAGAAGUGGUAAUGUGCGGAAACUCGAGUCGCUGAGACUAGCCGGAGCGGAUUUAAACUUGAGUGAUGAGCUGAAGCAGACUCCCUUGCACCAGGCGGUGCUGUGCAAUCAGUGCGACGUGGUCCAUUAUUUACUUGAGAAAGGCGUCAGAAGGGAAGACACUGAUCUCCUCGGCGGUACGCCGUUGCAGUACGCCAAGAAAUUGGGCCACGGUGAUAUUGUUACUAGUUUGUGUAAUUAA